UCGUCUUAGCGAGAUGCGUGCCCGCCGACACCAAUCUGCACAACUUUCAUUCAGUGCCACUACUGGGAGUGCAUUGGGCUGGCGAUGAGCAUCGCAGCUUGCAUAAGACGGCUCAGCAGGCGGGCUCGCCAAGGCGCAGACAAGCUCGAUGGCGGCCAAGAAGAGUUCACUCUCAGAGUUGCUUUGGCCGGACUGCUUAUUGGAUGUCUUCUUUGCUUCACGAACCUGUACUUCGGGCUGCAGACGGGAUGGAUCAGCAUGAUGUCGCUGCAAUCCGCCUUGAUAGGUUUCCUCGUUUCCAAAAUCUUCCUUACACCAAUAAGCCCUCAAGAGAAUGUAGUAUUACAAACCAUCGCCGUGGCCACAGGGACAAUGCCUUUAGCUGCUGGAUUUGUUGGUAUUCUACCUGCCCUCGGCUUGUUGGAUGAGGAAAGGGACGGCGUGCCUCCCUUGCACAUAUCUUGGCUCGGCGCGGUAGGCUGGUCUUGUGCGGUCGCUUUCUUCGGUGUGUUUUUGUCGCCUCCAAUCCGCAAGCAAGUGAUCAUCGAGGAGCAACUCGCUUUUCCUUCCGGUACUGCUACUGCCCAGCUCAUAUCUGUUCUUCACCAAAUUCCUCCCCCGAAUGCCACUCAUCGGCAGCGGCGAGGAUACCAAGAGAUUGCUACCGAGGAAAUAGAAGACAUCCCAACACCGAUAGCAGCUGUGGAACAUGUAGAACUUGCUGACAUAGGUGAUGCAGAAGUCGCAACCCAAGAAAGUUGGGGCGCGUUGAUAUGGAGCUUCUCUGCAUCGGGUGUCAUGACCCUUGCGGCAUAUUUCUUUCCUGUAGUCUUCUCUAUCCCUUUGUUUGGGAACUACCUUGCACGCGAAUGGCUCUGGACAUUCACGCCUAGUCUGUCGUACAUCGGACAAGGAAUCAUCAUGGGCUUUCCGACUACAUUGAGCAUGAACCUCGGGAUGCUCGUGGGCUGGGCCAUCCUCUCUCCAAUUUCGAAGCAUGCAGGUUGGGCACCCGGUCCUGUAGGAGACAUGACCUCUGGCGCGCGAGGUUGGAUCCUCUGGGUGUCGCUCGCGAUCAUGUGUGCAGAUAGCUUAGUGUCCCUCAUGCCCGUUAUCGCGGAGGUGCUAUACGCGAAAGUGUGGCUCAGCUCGACCAUGCAAGGCGACGCUGCUGAUGGUCAGUUCGUAAAAGAAGAUAAAGAAGUAGAGACUUCAGACAGGCUAGUACCCACAAAGUGGGUCAUUUGGGGCCUGAGUGGGAGCGUCGUCAGCGGGACUCUGCUCGUGUGGUUGGUUUUUGGAAAUGAGGGCAUUAAGCCAUGGGCAACUUUGAUUGGAUUCCUCAUGGGUGGACUGCUAAGCGUUCUGGGGGUGCGUGCUCUGGGAGAAACUGAUCUCAAUCCCGUCAGCGGCCUUGGAAAGAUCAGUCAACUGUUCUUCGCCUGGAUACAACCUGGGAACAUCGUAGCGAACAUCAUCGCAGGCGGCGUCGCGGAGGCUGGUGCUCAACAAGCGGGCGAUCUCAUGCAGGAUCUCAAGACAGGACAUCUCAUCCACGCAUCACCUCGCGCCCAGUUCUUUGGGCAGGUCAUCGGAUCGUUCCUGUCGAUAAUCGUGACGACCACCGCGUACACCCUCUAUAACCGUGCUUAUCAGAUCCCUGGGCCAUCAUUUCCUGCACCAACCGCCUACGUCUGGCUUGGUCUUGCGCGCCUCCUACGCGACGGCCAGCUACCACGCGAGAGCGGCGACUUUAUGAUCGCAUUCGCCCUGAUCUUCGGGCUCAUCGCUGCAUUCAAAGCAUACGCACAACGACAAGGUGCACGGUACACGAAGUGGAUACCUUCCGGCGUCGCCUUCGCCAUCGGCUUCCUGAACACGCCAUCAUUCUCAAUCGCUCGUCUGAUCGGAGGCAUCGCGGAGCACGUCUACUACACGCGUGUGGGCCGAGAACAUGGCGGCAUCCGCCUCAUCAUCAUCGCUAGCGGAUUCGUGCUUGGAGAGGGAGUGGUGAGCGUCGUAUCGCUCGUCCUCAGGACUUGGGGAGUGGGCGUCGCGAGCUGUUGGGGCUGCGAGCAUGGGAUGUGUGGAGGCUGUCCGGCUUAACGCGGAUUGCAUUGUACUACAUGUAUGAAUAGUUGUAAUUCCGUGAGAGGAUAGUCAUGCUAUAGAAAUCGUUCAUGUUAGCCAGUUGUUUUAUAGAGAGCCGCGACUGUUCAUGGUU